AUGUAUUCUCAUUUAUUGUUAUUAUUCUUAUUUGUAGACUUUUGUCGCGUUUGCCGUUGUGAAGGCACGCCUUCACAGCCUCUUUUUUAUCCUUGCAUGUGCACCGGGAGCAUAAAAUACGUUCAUCAGGAGUGUCUAGUGCAGUGGCUUCAGUACAGCAAACGUCAGACUUGUGAGCUUUGCAAUCAUCGCUUCACUUUCAAACCAGUCUAUGCUCCACAUACACCCUCAGUGGUGCCCCUGCCAGUUCUAUUCUUCGGUUUACUUACUGCCUUUCGCAAUGUCGUUGUUCGGUUUUUCCAUCUUCUUGCUGUUGUGGUCUCGUGGUUAUUCGUGGUUCCCCUCACCGUAUGUCGAAUCUACCGGUGUUUUUUCUCGGGGAAUCUCGUCGGACUGCUUUCUCUUCCUUUGGAUAUACUCUCCACUGAGCACGUUAUUCAAGACUGCAUACAGGGCUUCCUAAUAGUCUUGGUCGCCUUAACUGCCCUUUUUGGCUGCGUGUGGUUGAGGGAGCAGUUGGUGAUUGGCGGAGAGCCCGACUGGCUUGCCGAUGGAGAGGGUGCAGCCGAAGAGGGUAGAGAGGGGGAAGAGGUUGAGACCGAGGGUACGGGAGAGGCGGCAGCUGCUAACCAAGUCUUUGCCGUGGCUGGCCCUGUCGUUGCUGCCACUGCCCUUGCCAACAAUGCAAACGAUCAGGCCAACCCUAACGACGAGGAGGGAGGCGGAACACAGGGUCUUGCGCUACCGCAGCAACAACUACCGCAACCGGAGCAGCCCGCGGUGGAUGACGGAGUGGUACCGCCUGGAGGCAACGAACCCGAUUUUGACGCCGGUGCCGCAAUGCCACCACUUACAUUGGAACGUAUUUUCGGGCUGGAUGGAACUAUGACCUUUUUGGAGCACGUUCUUUGGAUCAUUGUCCUCAAUAUCUUUUUUAUCCUCUUCUUUGCCUCUUUUCCAUUCUACACCGGACGGACUGUGAUCUCAGCGUUAGGGAUCAAAACAGCUCUUCUCACUCCAGCGAUUGAGUUGAUUUUGUUCUCCUUCAUCGGCUACGUCGUCAUGGCCACCCUCCUCAUUAUUUCUCACUACGUUUUCAAAGCAAUCGGGUUACCAAGGUCAGUUUCUUAUUACGCCGGUCUGUGUUACAUCUACGUAAAGGUGCCCAUCAUAGCUUUUGUGGAGCUGGGCAUUUUUACGGCCUUCUGUGGACUUUGGAUUGAUGCCUGCUCCUUGGGUAUGUUUAACGCAUCAGUAGCACAACGCUUGCGUGCUUUCAGUUACGCCCCUGUGGUGUUCAGUUUCAUUCACUGGACCAUGGGUUUAAUGUAUCUCUUCUACGUUUCCUCGCUCUUCAUCAUCAUUCGUGAUGUUAUUCGACCUGGGGUCCUCUGGUUUCUACCUGACUUCACCGAUCCUGACUACAGACCCGUUCAAGACAUGAUUUCACUUCCUGUGACGACCUACAUUCAACGUCUUGUUGUUAACCUUUCGCUAACAGGAAUAAUAGUGAUUCUCUCAAUUUGGCUGCCCACUCUAAUCACUCAAAAACUGCUCCCAGGAUUUCUGCCUUUCCAGAUGAGUCUCGCCUAUGACAGUCCAGUGGACUACUCGGUGGAGAUAAUAAUUCUGCAAAUAGUAAUGCCCUUUUUGCUAGAUGGCCAGUUCAAGGUGUUCCUUUCCGCGGUCCUGCGUCAUUGGUGCGUCGGGGCCGCAUGGAUGCUGGGACUGCGCAGCUACCUCCUCGGUGAUGUCGCCUUUAAACCGAGUGAUGAAGUAGUGAUGGCGGAUGGUCGCCGAAUAUCUGCAUCGAUAUUGUCGAGGUCAACUUCAGGAAACACAGACGGCGGUAAUUCCACAGGUCACGAGGGCGGCAAUGCUGGGGGUGGUGGUGGGGCAGAGAACGCAGCUGCUCCGCCACCACCAACGGGUGGUUACGCACCGUACGCACGCCCGCGCUUUUUCGUGGCGCGUCUUUUCGGUCUGCUGGCGCUGCUUGUCAUCUCCCUCGUUUUUAUCAGCUUCGCUGUCCUCGUCGUACCCGUUGCCCUCGGCCGACUCAUGCUGGGACACAUGGGCCUCAGCCAGACACCACAUCAUGAUGCUCUGACUCUUCUUGUUGGCGUCUGCUCUCUCAUGGGAUGGGCCAAGACUGUACUCUGCCUUCCGAUGGCGCUACAGGCUCUGUGCAACGUGUGGUUUAUCCUCGUGGAGAGGGCAGCUCAUUUGACCACAUGGGAGGGUUGGCGUUGGCUUUCGGAGUGGACUUUGGGGAUAGGGGAGUGGUUGCGGGGCAAUUCGUUCGCGCCACGUUGGGCGCGACGUGAGGCGUUGGCUAUGAUGCUUCCACCACUUGCCAACGCGCCGGUCAAUGAUGAGGGCGCCGACGCUGCCGCACUUCACCGAAAGCAGGUGCUACGCGAACUCCUUCUCACUCUCUCCGUGCCUCUUCGACUGGCCUUGCUCUCCACUUUGUUGCUGGUCCUCUUGCCCGCCUCCCUUGGUUUACUCAUCAAUCUGGUCGUUUUUAUUCCCGUCUGGGUAGGACCUGAGAAGACCCUUGCCAUCGGGUUUUCGGAAAGCUGGAUUUUUGGAGUAAUGCAUCUGAAGGUUUGGAUGCUUAUUUUGCUUGUUGGGCCACGCUGGCGAGUGCGAGAUACAAUAGAGGAGAUCCAUGAUGAGAUCCUCCACAACUGGCCCACGAUCCAUGUUUUUCGCAUCAUCCGACUGUCAUUACCCCUCUUUGCAAUUAUUGGGAUCUCACUUUCUUUCCCCUUCCUCCUUGCCUACUACCUUGCUCCUCGUCUCAAUGUCCAACCGGAGGUCGCGUUCCGCUACGUCUACCCUUUGAUAUUUAGUUUGGUUCUGAUCGGCGUCUUGAUCUACUGGCAGAUGCGACAGUGUAUCAAACUCUAUGAACAAAUCAAAGACGCUGAGUAUCUGAUUGGACGUAGACUGGUGAAUUACGGCGAUUCCGACAAUGCAGAGGCGUCAGCACCGAACACCUCAGCUGAAAUGGGGACUCAAACGGACAUAAGCAUGGGAAGUGAAAUCAUUGCCGCCGGCACGUGA